GAAGAAGCGUCCACACGUGUGAACGAAGUUUUAGAUAAACAGUGCGCUUUAAACCUUAGAUCCACCGCUAAAACACAUAUCUAUUCGUGUCCAACGCUGGGAAAAUGCCGAAAGUCAAAGCAGAGAAGAAAAGCAGGCAACACCAGGAAGUAAAAAAUCAAGGCAUCAUGUUCAACACUGGAAUUGGACAACACAUCCUGAAGAAUCCGUUGGUUGUGAAUGGAAUCAUUGAGAAGGCUGCUCUUCGACCCACAGAUGUGGUUCUGGAGGUGGGGCCUGGUACUGGUAACAUGACUGUGAAGCUUCUUGAAAAAGCCAAAAAGGUGGUGGCCUGUGAGUUGGACUCCAGGUUGGUGGCUGAGCUUCAGAAAAGAGUCCAGUGCACGCCUUUGCAGACCAAGCUUCAGAUAUUGGUGGGCGACGUUCUGAAAACAGAUCUGCCUUUCUUUGACAUCUGUGUGGCCAACUUGCCUUAUCAAAUUUCAUCUCCAUUCGUCUUCAAACUUCUUCUUCACCGGCCGUUCUUCAGAUGUGCCGUGCUCAUGUUCCAGAGAGAGUUCGCCAUGAGACUGGUGGCUCAGCCGGGCGACAAGCUCUACUGCAGGCUGUCCAUCAACACACAGCUGUUGGCUCGCGUUGACCACCUGAUGAAGGUGGGGAAGAAUAACUUCCGCCCUCCUCCUAAAGUGGAGUCAAGCGUUGUCAGGAUAGAACCCAAAAAUCCUCCGCCUCCUGUCAACUUCCAGGAAUGGGACGGUCUGGUGCGAAUCGCCUUCGUGAGGAAAAACAAAACCCUCAGUUCUGCCUUUAAAUCGACGGCAGUGGAGCAGCUGCUGGAGAAGAACUACAGAAUCCACUGCUCGGUCCACAACGUGGACGUUCCAGCAGACUUCAGCAUCUCCAAAAAGAUUGAGACAGUGCUGCAGGAGGCAGAAUUCAGCGAGAAGAGAGCUCGAUCUAUGGACAUAGAUGAUUUCAUGGUGCUGCUGCACGCCUUCAACUCAGCUGGAAUCCACUUUUCAUGAACUAGGCUUAAAGACACUUGUGCUAAACCAUCAGCCUGGACUGACUUUGCAAGUGCACAAGAAUCACCGAAAACCUGGGAAGAAUUCAAGUCUCCUGUUUUUAUGGAUCCUCUCCUCCAACCACAGACUAUGAUCACAGCUAGUUCCCAAAAAAGUUGGGAAAUGUUAUGUACUUGAGUCAAUUAAAUGCUCCUUU